CUCUUCCUCUCUUCCUCUCCUCCUCUCCUCCCCCCCUCCUCUCUCUCUCUGUGGAGCAGGCGUGUAGCGGCAUCAGACUCGGCGUGAAGGAACCAUGAGCGAUGUCACCAUCGUUAGAGAGGGAUGGCUCCAAAAACGGGGUGAAUACAUAAAGAACUGGAGGCCACGUUACUUCCUGCUGAAGACAGACGGCUCUUUCAUCGGCUACAAAGAGAAACCUCAGGACGCAGACCUGCCCUACCCCCUAAAUAACUUCUCUGUAGCAAAAUGUCAGCUGAUGAAGACGGAGAGGCCGAAGCCAAACACCUUCAUCAUCCGCUGCCUCCAGUGGACCACCGUCAUCGAGAGGACCUUUCACGUGGACUCGCCUGAUGAGAGAGAUGAGUGGACGGAGGCCAUCCAGAUGGUGGCUGACAAGCUGCAGAGACAAGAGGAGGAAAGGAUUCAGUGCAGCCCCACCUCUAACAUCGACAACAUGGUCGAAGAGGAGAUGGAUAUAUCCACAACCCACCACAAACGCAAGACAAUGAGUGACUUUGAUUACCUGAAACUGCUCGGAAAGGGAACCUUCGGCAAAGUGAUUCUUGUACGAGAAAAGGCAAGCGGGAAGUACUACGCCAUGAAAAUCCUUAAAAAAGAAGUGAUCAUAGCCAAGGAUGAAGUGGCUCACACACUCACAGAAAGCAGAGUACUUAAAAACACCAGACACCCUUUUCUCACUUCAUUGAAGUAUUCAUUCCAGACUAAAGACCGCCUGUGUUUUGUCAUGGAGUAUGUAAAUGGAGGAGAGCUGUUUUUCCAUUUGUCCAGAGAGCGGGUGUUCUCAGAGGAGCGCACGCGCUUCUACGGCGCCGAGAUCGUCUCGGCUCUCGACUACCUGCACUCAGCCAAGAUUGUGUACCGGGACCUCAAGUUGGAAAACCUGAUGCUGGAUAAAGACGGCCACAUCAAGAUCACUGACUUUGGUCUGUGCAAAGAGGGCAUCACAGACGCUGCUACCAUGAAAACCUUCUGUGGCACGCCAGAGUACCUAGCACCUGAGGUCUUGGAGGACAACGACUAUGGGCGGGCGGUGGACUGGUGGGGUUUGGGUGUGGUGACGUAUGAGAUGAUGUGUGGCCGCUUACCGUUCUACAACCAGGACCACGAGAAGCUCUUUGAACUCAUCCUCAUGGAGGACAUCAAGUUCCCACGCACUCUGUCAGCCGACGCCAAGUCCCUGCUGUCCGGCCUGCUCAUCAAAGACCCCAACAAACGGCUUGGUGGAGGACCAGACGACGCUAAAGAAAUAAUGAGACACAGUUUCUUCUCUGGUGUCGACUGGCAGGAUGUCUAUGACAAAAAGAUGGUUCCUCCCUUCAAGCCUCAGGUGACGUCUGAGACGGACACCAGAUACUUUGAUGAAGAGUUCACAGCCCAGACCAUCACCAUCACUCCACCAGAGAAAUUCGACGAGGACGGGAUGGACUGUCUGGACAACGAGAGAAGGCCGCACUUCCCUCAGUUCUCCUACUCUGCCAGUGGGCGGGAAUGAACUGUUCUUCAAGUUGACAUCAUCACAGCUGGUCUCUGAGGUCAUCAGUGUGGGACUAAAAGACCCGCAGCUAUGAACUGACCCCGGAAUGACCCCUGACUUGAGGGAUUUUGCCCUUCCCUCUUCUCUUUCUCUUCUCUUUUUCACCUCUCCAGUUUGCUUCUCUCUGAUUUUGUGAUUCCCUUUUCCAGAGAGAUUUUCCAGACUAAAUUUCUCUCUAGUCCUGCACUGCAAACCCUGAUGUGAUCUGGACUGUAAUGUGAUCAGUUCCCAUGUAAUGUCCCUUUAAAGACGGGAGCAUUACCUGUGGCCUGCUGUGCUUUGACAUGUGUCAGUCCUACAAAAAUCAUAGCGAAACAAACAUGUCUGAUCCAAGUGAGAGAGCAUUCAGCUGAUGCAUUUGAAGGAGACAUUUUGGUGGCUUAUAGCAGAUACAGCAUUUAAGUCAUUCAAACCCAAACUGCCGUUACUGGUUGUAUCUCAGGCUUUUACAAACCGACAGAUACUCACAUAAAUACUUCUGGGAUUGAUUGAGGCUGCCUGGCAUUGAAGAGCAGUUGUCAUCAGUGAGCAGAACCUUACACACCUCAUGUCGUCAAGCAGGAUUUGACUCAGGUUUUGCUCGGUGCAAAUCAUUAUUGUUGUUGCUGCUAUUUCAACUACUACAACUACUACAGGUACUACUACUGCUACUACUAUACUACUGCUACUACUACAACCUGGUGCUACACUAGCUUAAUGCUGCAGAUCAUCAUACAGGCGCCAGCAACACAUGAAACACCUGUAUUUAACGUCUAUGCUUGUAUAGCUGCAGAACAGGUGUCGCUACUGCUCCUAAUGCACAGCUAAUACAUAUAAGCUACAGGAUUGAGUGCCAUGUGAGUGUGUGUGUGUGUGCAUGUGGGUUUGUGUUUAUGACCACACAUCAAAGCACAGCAGCUCAGGGCAUGUAGCUCCUCAACCAUGAGCUUUACUAUUUUACCCACAAUGCAGUGCAAGGUGGUUAAUACAUCAAUCACUGCAGAGGUGAAAAUGAGAGAGGAAGACAGUUUGUUUGAAUGUUCCACCCCAGAGUUUUUUAUUUAAUUUUCUCAAGUCCUGCUAAGUUUUAAUUGUCUUCUGUCCCAAAAGGGAAAAAAAGAAACGGUACUGUUUGUCAAUGACGGAAAGCUUUACUGUGACAUUUUGUCGUCAUGGCUUUAGGAACCACACAGCUGUACCUCUCUGUCAGUGUGUGUGCAGGAGAAAGGGAAACUGCAGCAGGAACAGGCUCACCACAGAGUGAAGCAGAUGUUGGGCAUUGUGGUGACAGGAGAGAGAGAGUACAGGUGAUAAAACUCCCAGAAUGAUAUGAAAUAUUUAUAAUGUGAUCAUUUAUGAUGUAUUGAUGAGUGAGGUAAUGGCUGAUUUCCUGUGAGUUUCUUCUGAAGGUAUUUAAAAAGAGACAUCAUGGUCUGUGAGGAGGUACGCAUCAACAGUUGGGUUUACACCAAUAGCAGCAAAGCUUAUAAUAUACAUAUAUAUAAAUAUAUAUAUGUUCUAUUUAUUGUUCUACUCAUUGGUUUUAUAUUUAACUUUUUCUAUUGUUAUUACAUUAUUCUAGAAAACAAAAAACUAUUUCUUAGGUCCGAGACGAAAAAAAAGGCACCUCAAGAAACAAAAAUGGCUGAUGAAUGUAGGAGGGAAAGCAGAUCGCCUUCCUGCUCCGUUGUUUGUUUAAAUGUUUUUUUUGUGCUGUUUUGUGACCAAAAUGUGACAGCCGAGAGGUGACAGGACACAUUAGAGAAAGAAACUCUUUAUAUUUAUUUAUUCUUCUAUUCUAAAUCUUUCCGCAGAUGUUUACCACAGAGGUCCCUGAUUGGUUAUUGACCAACUUAUCCUCCAUAUUUAAUCUUACCUCAGCUCUGUGUGAGACUGAGGGAGAGAUUAGGGAGAAAGUCUGAGAGGAAGAUGAGCAGAAAGAAACAAGUGAAGCACAGAAGAGUGAAUGUAGCCAGGUAAAGAAGAAAAGCUAAAAUACUGAGCUGUGAUUGUAAAAGUUUACUGCAAGUGAAGAGAAGGAGUAGAGAGUAGAGUCGUUAAAGAGGCACGAUGUGAGUUUGUGAGAUCGCUCCAGUCAGUUUGGGAUAAUAGAUGAGAAAAAGCAUUGACACAGAUAAAAUCAAAGCUUUGGGAUGGUUCAAUCUCUCAACCAUCCCUGCACAUUUCUCCUCUCUUUAACGUGUGCUGUCAUUUCUUCGGUCUGGACUUUGUUUGCGUCGUCAUGUCUUCCAGUCUGACCAACAAGAUUUUAAAUCCCCUCUAUUUCUCUUUCUUCAAUUGCCCGUAAGCCUUAUGGUUUAGUGCAAAAUUAUUCAAAAGCUUCAACAUUCAGCACUUAAGUCCGAAGUAAAAAACCACCAGAUGUGAGGGAAUAUAUAUUUUUAAAAAUGUGAAAUCUAAAUUGCAUGAAAUCAUUUGGAAGACGCCACCAUCGACAUCUGGAAGACCACAAACAAAAAGGGAGCACCAUGGGAUGUGCUCUCAUUAGACAUAAGAAAUGUAUUCUAGUCUAUUUAUUUGAAUGUUUUGAUUCUCAUCAUUGAUGAAUAACUUGAAUUUCUUUUCUAUUUUAUUUAUUUUAUGUCUUUUUGUUCUAAGGUUCAACAGUAAGGGGGUGUAGUUGUGUUUCACUCUGCAGUUGAAGUCAUCAGACUUUGUUCUUAAAAUAAAUGCCUCCAUUUUUUUCUUUACAGAUCUCUCUGAUACGACACAUUACCUGUUUUUCCGCUGCUUUUAAACUCCAUAUGCUUUACUUUCGCACAUCCAUUAAAUUUGCUGUUCGCUUGCAAAGGCGCUUUAUGGCAGAAAGUAUAAAAGGAUGGCGCUAGCCUGCAUGCUGUAGUCCUCCUCUGUCCGCACUACCAGUCCUGUGUCAAAGUGGCACUCAGAACUCUAAUGAAAAGUACUUCUCUGUGAUCGAUUGAGCCUGUCUGGCACAGCCGAGGCAGCCGAAUCCCACCCAGCUGGCACCCUCGACAGGCUCAAGCAAACGCUCCCAAGUAUUUGGAAGGAUUUCAGCUUUGAUUUGACCCAGGUCUGCGAGUGACUGAGGAGUUCUAGCUGUAUGUGCACGCUUACCGCCAAAAUCAUUAGAAACCAGAGCUCAUAAAAUACUGCUUUGUAGCUUUGGCCAUAGCACUUUCACAUCCAUCACUUUUUAUAAGAUUCAUAGGAAUCUGAUUCAGCCCGGGUUUAAAGCAAGAUUUUUAGAUUUUUUUAUGUUUUUAAGAAAAUGAGGAUUUUUAAAGUACAUCUCCCCUCCUCAUACUACAGUUAGUUUUGAUGUUGCUCUGAUGGUUACAGUUGGCUAGGCCUGUGUGAUUGUGUCCCUCACACCAGAGAAGAGUCAGUGCUGCCACAGCACAGCUCAGUAAAUUGGUCAGUCUUCAUAAAGAAAACUGUUAAGAUGUACCCGACUCCCUCUCAGCUUCUGUUUUGAAAAGUUUUCCCUCGGGUAAGCCUCCAGCUCCACUUAUCAAAUCCUCCUCAACAUUUAAGUUUAUUUACUGGCAUCAACAUGGCUAGAGGCGGAUUCUGAGGCCAGAGAUCAGGAAAGAAAAACAAGUUUGCCUCCAAGAAGUGUAACUGGAGAAGGUGAAGCUUAGUAAUUCUCUUAAUCAUGUGUAUUUACCCCCGGAGACCACAAAUCAAUUGUCGGCGUGUCAGUGAUUUACCUUUGUCUCAAACAGAGGUAUCUUAAACAGGAUGCUGGAGUUCAUUCUAAGCCUCGUCAUAGCUUCAUAGGUGUGAAAAGAGACUGUGUGAGGUAUCUGACGCUGCACUGACAGCGUUCACUCUUAAAGCUGCUGCUGUUUGUACUGUACAUCUAUCACACAACAGAUCUGACUCCAGUUCCAUUUGAAUAAUAUGUAAAACCCUUUCAAAGACCUCAGCUGCUCUGUAUUGAUCUGUGUCAGCAAAAAUUAAAACACGGGCUGCGCUCA